AUGGACGACUAUCCCUCCCACGACCCCUACUCCCGUUCGCGCUAUGAGCACGGCAUCGACAGCAAGAUCGUCAUCAUGGGCAACUCUGGCGUCGGAAAGACCAGUCUCCUCUACCGCUACACACAGAACAGGUUCGACCCCAAGAACACGACCUCCACCAGCGGUGCCUUCUUCGUCACAAAGAAGGUUCAUAUAAACGGGCUCAAGGUCCGUCUCCAGCUCUGGGACACCGCAGGGCAAGAAAGGUUCAGGAGCAUGGCGCCCAUGUACUAUCGAGGUGCUAACGCGGCGCUCCUGCUCUACGACAUCACCAACGCCUCGACCUUCGAGGAUAUUCGCGGCUGGCUCGAAGAGCUGAAGAAGAACUGCCCGCCCGAACUCAUCAUCUACAUUGUUGGCUCUAAGGCGGAUCUUUAUCGACACCGUCAGGUCACGCCAGAUCUCGCUCGCUUGUCAUUGCACAACUGGUUUCCCCCACCAAGACCACCCACGCCGCCCCCCCCACCGCCCCCGUCGACGCUAUCUUACAUCCGACCUCGUUUCACCUCUUUCCCCGGCUUACGAUCUCCACCCAUUGUCACUUCUCCGACACCAGCUUCCCCGCUCUCUCCCGAGGCUCCGGCCUACCUUGAUCUCCCUUCCGCUCGCUCUUCGGCUCUGCAGCGCAAUACUGCGGCCCAGGCACGUCCCAAGACAGCUAGCUCCCUCACUCGGUCAAACACCAGCACCGGCACAAGAACACCUCAAUCGUCCCGUUUUGGGUCGCGCCUGGGUCAUGGCGCCGGUUGGAUCGAGAACAAUGACAACAGCAGCAACAGCAUUGAAGAGGCGGAUGAAGACGAGGAGUCGUCGCACGAGUGGGGUUUGAGCAAGGGCAUGGAGCUCUUUGAAGUUUCUGCCAAAGAUGACACAGGUAUCCAAAAUCUCUUUGAACACCUGAUAUCUGCGAUUAUCCUACGGAAGGACGUCAUCGAGCGGGAAAACGAGUUGAAACGUGACAGUAUAUUCCUGUCCAGCGUAAGUACACCGACGUGGUCUGCGCACGCCGAUGAAGAACUCGCCCGCGAAAAAGUGCAGCGUUCAGGGAGCUGGAACUGUUGUUAG